AUGUGGGCCUGGGUGCUGUGGGCGCUCCCUCUGCUCUGCCCAGGCGGCCUGGCAGCUCUGCCAGCCAAGCCCGAGAACAUUUCUUGCAUCUACUACUACGGGAAGAAUUUUACCUGCACCUGGAGCCCAGAGAAAGAAGCCAGUCACACGUGGUACAGGGUCAGGAGGACUCACUCUUAUGGACGUAAAAGUGACACUUGUGAUUCUACAAGCGAGACCCCCACUUCGUGCUCCUUCUUUCCUCCAAUAACAAUCCCAGACAAUUACACCAUCCAAGUGGAGGCUCAGAAUGCGGACGGGACCGUGGAGUCUGCCGUGACACAUUGGCGCUUAGAUACCAUAGUAAAAAUGGACCCACCUGUGAUUUCCAGUGUGAAACCAGUUUUGGGCUUCAAACGGAUGCUUCAGAUACAAUGGGCCAAGCCUGAGCUGGCCCCCGCCUCUUCCGCGUUGCAAUGCAGGCUUCGGUUCAGAACAGCGAACAGCACCCACUGGAUGGAAGUCAGCUUCUGGGUCGAAGAGACCGAGGGAAACCAAACCUACAACCUCACGGGGCUGCGGGCCUUCACGGAGUACAAGGUAGCGCUGCGCUGUGUAGCCCAGGAGUCCGCCUUCUGGAGCGGCUGGAGCCCCGUGCACAGCGGGACCACCGAGGAGGAAGCUCCCCUGGGCCUGGACCUGUGGAGGGUGCUGGGACCCACCCGGGAGGAUGGGAGCCGCCCCGUGAGGCUGCUGUGGAAGAAGGCCAGAGGAGCCCCGGCCCUGGAGAGAGUACUCGGCUACCACGUCUGGUACUUUCCGGAAAACACCACCAACCUCACGGAGACCAUGAACACCACCCGCCAGCCGCUGGAGCUGACGCUGGGCGCCGAGGCCUACCGGGUGUCGGUGGUGGCCUAUAACUCGCUGGGCCAGGGUCCGGCCGCCGCCCUGCGCAUCCCGGCCGCCACCGAGGAGGCGUUCCCGGGCGUCAAGGCCGUGCAGGCCCACCUCUCGCAGGACCAGCUGGUGGUGGCGUGGCAGAACUCCACUCCGCACGUGGACUCAUGGAGGGUGGAGUGGUCCCCCGAUCUGGACUCCGAGCCCCCCACCGUGCGCUGGGAGGCGGUGACCGGGGCCAGGAACUGGACGAUCCGGAGAGAUGAAUUAGACCCUCUCCAGUGCUAUAACAUCUCCGUGUAUCCAAUGUGGCAAGACCGUGUGGGCAAGCCGUGUUCUGUCCAGGCCUACGCCAAGGAAGGCGCCCCGUCAGUAGGUCCCGUGACCAAGGUGGAGGGCAUCGGCGUGAACACUGUCACCAUCAGGUGGGAAGAGAUCCCCAAACAUCUGAGAAACGGCUUCAUCCGCAACUACACCAUCUUCUACCAGCCCUCGAGCGGGGAGGAGUUCGCCAAGACGGUCGGCGCCAGCACCCUGCAGUGUGGCCUGGAGUCCUUGACGCGCAGGACCUCUUACUACGUCUGGGUCAUGGCCAGCACCAGCGCCGGCGGGUUCAACGGCACCACGAUCAACUUCAAGACGCUGUCCAUCAGUGUCCUGGAGACCUGCCUCGCGGCGGCGCUGGGCGGGGGCGGGCUGCUCAUCCUCAGCGUCCUGGCUGCAGCCUGUGGCCUCCGGAAGCCCAAGUUCAAACGCCUGUGUUGGCCGGACGUCCCCAACCCUGCGGAGAGCAGCCUGGCCGCGUGGCGAGGCGGGGACCUCAAGGAUAAGCUGCACCUGAGGGAGGUUGAUGAUGCCGUGAGCACAGAGGACAGGAUUCUCAAGCCCGGGGCUGCCCCCAGCGACCUCAUUGACAAGUUGGCGGUGAACUUCGAGAAUUUCCUGGAAGAGGUUUCCGCAGAGGAGGCGGAAAAGGGCCAGGAAAACAUCCUGGGAGGGGACAAGAAUGAGUACGUGAUCUCCCCUUUCAGGCCUUACUGUCUCCUGGAGCCACUCACUGCAGCCGAGGCCCCACCCACUGCAGCCGAGGCCCCUCCCACUGCAGCUGGGGGCCCGCCCAUGGCAGCUGAAGUCCCUCCCACUGUAGCUGAGGUCCUGCCCAUGGCAGCCAAGGCUCCUCCCACCUCAUCCAAGGCUCCGCCCACUGCAGCCGAGGCUCUACCCACUGCUGCCGAGGCCCCACCCACUGCAGCUGAGGCCCCUCCCGCUGCAGCUGGGGGCCCGCCCACUUCAGCUGAAGUCCCUCCCACUGUAGCUGAGGCCCCGCCCACAGCAUCCAAGGCUUCUCCCACUGCAGCCAAGGCUCCGCCCACUUCAUCCAAGGCUCCGCCCACUGUGGCCGAGGUUCCGCCCAGAGAGCCCCAGUGCCUGUGCUCUGGCAGCUGGGAGGGCACCUGCCCAGAAGCUGAGGAGCGACUUCUCCCUUCUGCCCAGGGCCCAGGGCCCGCCUGCGCCUGCGAGGAGGGGGCGCUCAACCCGUAUCUGAAGAACUCGGUGACCACCAGGGAGUUUCUCGUGUCUGAGGAGCUUCCAGACCAAACCAAGACCGCCAUCUAGAGGCCACACCGGCGUCCCUCUGCGCCGGGCGACCUGCAGGGCGGCAUCCCAGCUGCAUCUUCACAUCCAUCCGCUCAGGUCUCGCCUGCCUCUGAGCGCGAGCCGCGCAGAGGGACCCCCAGAGGGAGGAGGGGUGCGGAAGCCCAGCAUUUGUCCAGGAAAAGCCCUGUCGUUCCUUUUGCUCCGAUAAGCUCCUGCGGAGGCCGGCACAGCCUGGCUGGGGGACGGGGGCCCAGUGGCCGGUCAGGGUCACGGCCUGGCGGCCACUCCUCACAGCCCAGGCACAUUUUCCCGUGGCCAGGGCAGUGGUCUCGGUGGCUCCUGGGGAGGGUGAUGGAGGGAGCGUCUCCCAUCACCGCAGCCUCCCCGGGCCCCGGCCGCCCCCCUGAGUCCUCACUGAUGUCUGUCCCUCCUCGCCACCCCUUACGUCUCCAGGUCCGCAGCAGCACCCCCACAGCCCCUCCGCCGGCCCACAGACCCGGCGCUGCCAGGUCACAGGCGAUUCCUGGGCACGGGCUCCUGGCGUGGCCAGCAGGUCUGCCCCGUCUCCAGGCCACUGCCCAGCGCAGACCUCGUUCCCAGGGGCCCCUCUGCCCCCCGUCUUGCCCGAAACCCGGGGUAGAAAGACACCCCCAUUUCAGGGGCUUUGCAUUGAACCUCAGCUGACUCAGUGCCGGGCAGGCUGGUGGACACACCCUCAGAGCCUCUGCCCAGGACAGCUGCUGCCUCCACAGCAGGCCCUGCCUGUGCCCAUGGAGCCCGGAGCUCGGACCCCUGGCAGUCAGGGCCCCCAGAGCCUCUGUGCGGACGGCAGGGGUCAGCUGCCCUGACCGGGGACUGGGGUUGGCGCUGGGCUGCAAGGACGCCAGAUGCGGCUGCCGUGUGGCCGGAGGCUGGUGGCAUGUUCUCCCGGGAGGGGCAGUCCCGGGGGGGGCUCUCGGCCACCCGCUCAGCUGUGCAGACACAUGACUCAACGUUCCUGUCACUGGAACCGGUUCCUGGCCCAAGGCCCUGGCACUGGCAGUGAUGUGGCCCCGGUGGGAUUCCCAGUGCUCACGUCUGUGACUCGGGCCGUGUGUUUGGGGCCGAUUCUGAGGGGUCAGUGGAGAGGCUGGAGUGUGUCCCAGGGCGUGUCUGCCCAGGGCUGGUGUCGGCUGUGCCUGGGGCCCCGCCUGCCCUGGGAGUCACCGGCCACUCUCUGCAGCCAGUGGCUGUGCCCUGGCUGUGGGCACAGACCAGAGGGGCUGCUGUCCCAACGCACGCUCCAUUCCCCGCUAGCGUCUGCAGCGCCCGCAGUCUCCUCCUCCCGGCUCCCAGGACAGAGCGCUGGUCAGCAGGGAGGGGCCAGCAGGCACUGGGAUCCCCCACAGCUCUGGGGCCAGAAAGGGACCAAGCAGAGGGUACCCCAACUCUGGGCUGAGGUGGGCUCUCCCCUGACCCCCACCCCCACAGUGUGACUAGGGCACUUCUGCGAGCCCCCUGCCCCCCAGAGUUCCAGGUGCCCUUUGUAUCCCGCCGUUGGAUUGUGACUUUUUGGGGGGUCCAGCCUGGUGCCCACGCUGGGGGCCGCCUCACACUGUGUGCGGGGUGGGGGCUGGGAGGGCGCGCCUGGAGGGAAGGGAGAGGGGUACUUGGAAGGGGUCCUCUCACCUUGUCCGUCUACCCAUGAGGCUCUCAGAGCUAAAAUCCAAGAAGUUGAUGGCUGGGCAGAGAGAGGGGUGCAGGGCCUGUGAGUGGGCGUCAGGGGUGGAGCGGUUGCCUCUGCUGCUCCCCCAUCUGCUACACCCUCUGCCUGGCCCUCCCGGCCCCUCUCUCCCUCCCCACCCGGCUUUGCUGCUGUCCCAGCGGCUUCUUUGUGACGCUUCCUUUUCUUUCCUUCCUUCCCUUCCUCUUCCCGUCGGCUCCCUCCAGCUCUUCCAGUCACUCGGCCGCCUGGGGGCUGGGAAGUGGGCGUUUGGUUCUGGGAGGUUGGCCAGGCAGCUUCCUGGUCAGCGUGACCACCAGUCAGAG